AUGGGUCAGUGUAUUUCUCCAUGUGUUACAUUAGUAGCUACAAUUACAUAUAGAAAAACCAACAAGGAUAGAAAAAUCCAAUACAGAUCUGCUCUUUGCCAUGCCAAUGAAGAAUUAUGUCCUGUUGAUGCACUAGCUCAACAUUUUUUUCCGAAUUUCACCAUGAAAACAAAUCGUUUGUUGAUUUUUCUAUACGCAAAACAUGUUGAAGAUGACAUUGCUGGUCUCAAUUUUUUGGAUCUUUCGGCCUAUUUAAAAAUCGUUUUUCUUCAGGACUCUGUGGUUUUGCAAAAGAAGUACCCAAAUCAUUACUUCCUAUACCAAGAGUUUGAAGCACAAUUUUCUGGUGCCAUUGGUGAAUCAACCAAGAAGUUUCAAGUGAGCAACCAUAUUCAAGUUGUUGCACUAGAGAUAGCUGCUGCUAUGCUUCGUUUCAUCUAUGCAAUUAUCCUUCUCAAAUCUGAUAAUGCCUUGGAAAUGUUUUACAGACACAAUCUCCCUCGUCCUCUGGCUACACUGCUCCUUCUGUUCUCUCUGUUACUUCUGCUUCCCUUGGUUCCUCAGUCCUGUCUGUCCCGUCUGCUCCCUUAA